AAAAAUUAACCAUGAGAUCGAUGAUAUCAGUAAUAGAAUGAGUCUUAGAAGCUUCCAAUGAAAAGAAUAUUGAUAAUCAGGCGUGAUGGCCGAUGUAAAAGCUGAGCGGCAUGCGGCAAGUCCAAGGAGAAGCCGAAGCGGCAUUACCUCUGCGGGUACCACCGUAAGAAACGAAGAGAAGGGUUCCCCCGACGAACACGCGAGAGCGAGAGUACCCCGGGGCUGUAUUAUUGUAUCAUUCGUUAUUGUUGGGGUUGGCUUGUUUAGGUUUCGUCGGAGAAGGAUUUUUUUCUAAGCAAUUGGAAGUGGACCCUGCAUUAAUCAAGGCGCUCUUUUACGAGUAUCUCCUUGGAGGCCAUGGAGCAGUUCUGUAAUUAAUUUGAUAGACUACAGUGUAAUACGGAGUACCAUAUGCGUACUUGGUAAGAAGAGGGAGUACGUAUGUACAAAGAAUCAAUGC